AUGAUCGCGAAUAACGGCAUCGAAGCCUUUGAGAAGCUAGUUCUGCUACAUGUAAUAAUAGGCGGCAAACCUCUUGUAAUCGACGGCUUCGAGGAGGUUCUGGAUCCCUGGACUUUCACGCCUUCGUGGCUGCGCGACAAUCACGGUGAUAAAAUCGAGAACGCGCGCAAUCUGUCGACUAAAGAGAAUAUCUCUCUUACGAUGAAGCACUACCUCAAGCAUAUGACGAAACUUACCGAGCAAUUCUUCGACGGCCCAGACGUAUACCGCGAUAAAGCGAAGCAGCGAAUAUAUCUGAAGGACAUCGAUUGCCCUCAAGUAUGGCAUGAUAAACUGAAAGAGCACAUCCCGUCGGGAUUGUUCUAUCUCAACGAGAGCAUGGGUGAACCUGGCGGUCCUGGCGCGAUGGACGAAAUUGGUGGUCGCAAAAGGCGAGGGAUUGGACGGGCUGGAGAUCUCAUGAGCAGCCUGCCACCAGAUAUGCGCGCGGAGAACCUCAUGUGCUAUAUCGGCCACGAAGGCACCUAUACUCCAUCUCAUCGAGAGAUGUGUGCUUCCCUCGGUCAGAAUAUCAUGGUCAAUGCUUCAGGCAGCAUCAGCGACGACGGCAAACAGGAGCGCCCUGGGUCAUCCAUCUGGUUCAUGACAGAAAGCAAGGACCGCCAUGUUGUCUCGGAGUAUUGGCUUUCAGUACUAGGCCAUGACAUAGAAGUGGAAAACCAUUUUGCGCAGCUCAUCGCCUGGAAGAAAGCCCCAUUCCAGACUUAUGUCGUGGAGCAACGGCCGGGCGACUUUAUUCUCAUCCCACCGCUGGCACCGCACCAAGUAUGGAAUCGCGGCACUCGGACUAUGAAGAUCGCCUGGAAUCGCACCACCGUUGAAACCCUGGAACUCGCGCUGAACGAAGCAUUGCCCAACUCCCGAGUUGUCUGCAGGGACGAGCAAUACAAGAACAAGGCCAUUAUCUACUACACUCUCGUGAAAUACUCUAAUCUUAUCAAGUCUGCUCGCGCUCAAGUUGAAGCAGGAGGCGAACAGGCAGUUGCGAUUCAAUGCUCUGUCAGAAUAAAGCAAGUCCAGAAAGACUUCAAGAAGCUCUUCGAUCUAUACAAAAUUAUACUGCUAUCCGAGAUGUUUGCACAAGAUUCACGAGAACACUCAGAAUUUCUCCCCUAUGACAGCAACGUAACUUGUGCGUAUUGUAGAUGCAACAUCUUCAACCGCUUCCUUAGCUGCAAAUCGUGCAAUAAUCUAUUCAGUUCUGAGAUCGAGGAACCAUACGACAUUUGCAUGGACUGCUAUUGUAUGGGCCGAAGCUGUAGAUGUCAAUCAGGGUAUGUAUGGGUUGAGCAGUGGAAGUGGAUGGACCUCAUUCACAAAUACGAGGAGUGGCGCGCUCAAAUUAUCGACAUUGACGGUUACGUCCAUGAAAAAUCUCCGCUCCCAUUACAAGAAGAGCGAAGGUAUCUCGGCAAGAAGACGUUGGCUCAGGUCUGUCAAGAACAACUGCGAGUGCGGCCAUUUGUGGAUAUAAAGAAUCCGCAACACGAGACUUUAUCUGACGAUGAUGAACCUGUGGUUGACGAAUACGGCAACGUCAAGAAGAGUGCGAACAAGAAGUCGAAACAGUGGCUCUCAAAGAACAAGUCCUGCCAUUUCUGUCUUCAUCGACACCCGAAAUGGAAGAUGGCAUUGUGCUCGAGCUGCGACCUGGCCUAUUGUUACGGCACGCUGUUCCGAGCGCACGAUUCUAUGCCGGUAAAUAUCAUGGAAGCUUUCAACUGGAAGUGUCCACAUUGUAGGAGGGUUUGCAACACAGGCGCUUGCCGACGUGACCCUCGACAACAUCCAUACGAGCCCAAAGGAACUUUACUAGGUCACGAUACCAAAAAAGUAGCAGAUCCACGCUCAGUAGAGUGUCUCGUCGAUUUCAGUGUCUCGAAUCUGAACUGGUUGCGAGAAGAGGAAGGUAUGGCACAGAGUGCGAUGCACCGAAGAAUGCAGCAGGCGGAGAUAGACAAAAUGGCGGAUCCUUCCCUCGAUGCGCGAUUUGUUGAAGACGAGGACCACAAUUACACUCGAUACGGCAUCACCUACUCUCCCAUGGAGGAUGGGAACGGCGUUACUAAUGACAACGGUGAUGGUGGCGCGAGCGGUGCUUCACACUACCACGAUCUCGAUAUGGAUGGGGAAAUCACUCGUUUGGGUCAGAAGCGUGGUCGUGAAGAAGAUGAAGAAGUAGAGGGUAACCACCAGAAAAAGACCAAGGCAAAGAAGCAGAAGAAUAAGGACGAUGACGCUCAACCCUUACAACCAAAGAACGCACCUGGCAAGCAAUAUCAAAAAGAGGUACAGAGGAAGUUGCUUGAGGACGCUAAACGCCAAGACAGAUUCAUCUUGGUCGCCGCAAAGAUGAAGGGCAGAUCAAAGGUAGUGAAGCUAUCACUGGCUACUGGCCAUCUUGACCGGAUUCGUCAAAGACCAGUUCCUGAGUGCGCACCAGUCAUACAACAGGGUACUCCAGAGCAAGUUGAUGUGUCUGGUGAUAUGCGAUCCAUCCUCCAAUCCGAUGUUGUACCAAAAUCGAAUACCCUGAAGAAUGUGGCUGAGAAAGAGAAGGAUGCGAAAAUAUACCGCGUUCGUGUAGAAGAGGACGAUGCGUACUCCACGCGCAAGCGCAAUCCGGAAAUCAGCGGCUCUGCGAAACCUGGCAGGCCUCGUGGCUCCAGACGGUUUGAAGAGAUCAGACUCGAUUCAGACUCGGAGUUUGGUGGCGAGGAUGACAAACCUGAAUACACUGGUCGCCCACGUGGUCGCGUAUCAAAUUGGUUGGCACGGAGGAAUGAAGGUGAGGACGAUCUGCCCACUGAACUGCCGACCGACUUCAGAGAUCGAGCUGUAAGGCCCAACCGAGAGAAAGACCGAGAGCGAAGCCGCAUGUACAACGAGCGCCGAAAAUCCAUCCCAGCAAGACCGAAAGCUGGAAUCGGGCUUACUGGCCCAUCAUCAAAGAACCCGGAACCGAACGGCGUUGAUGACAUCUCUGAGCAUGUUUGUGACCAAGAUGAUGGCGUUUACAAAAAGGACGACCAGUCUAGUGAAGCAUUUGCUCUCGCACAACAAGCUGCUGGUGCUACCCUGGAAGCCCAGCAUCAAGAGGAGGAGGCAAGGGCUCGUGCUGAAGCUGAAGCUAGAGAAGUCGAAGAAAAUUUACGAGCGAAGAUGGCGCUGUUCUCCAAAUUGGAUGACGACCAGUUGAUGGACAACUUCCUCGGUGAUCUGCCCGCUGACGAUGAGCCACUUGAAGAAGAGAAGCGAUCGGUGGACAAGACACCAGAGCUUGUCCGUACAGGGCCACCGCCAACGACCAAUUCUAUCUUGAGUGGGGUCAAAGGAAAGAAGAUCAAAAUCGUCGGACCAGCCUCCAAGAGGAACGGCAACGGACCAAGCAAGGUCACAACGACGACAAUUAUCACUGCGCCGGCAUCGAAGUUUUCUGCCAUUAAUAGGAAGCCCCAGGCCAUCAAUGUGUCGGAUACGGAGAGCGAGGAUGAGAUCCCAGCGAGUGCGCCAGCUGCGAAGAAGCCCGUUGGUAGACCCCCAGGUCGUCCUUCGAUGGUCCCUACGCGAGGUUCCAGUUCUGGGAAGCGCAGUCGUGGACGUCCCAGAAAAACGAUGUAG